UUAAUUUUCCCAUCCGCCAUACGGCAUGGCACCAUAAAACCCCACUUUCCCCCCCGCUCAUUCCGCCCCCCAUUUCCCAAUACUCCACACACCUCUGAUCCUCCUCCUCCUCCCUCUCCCUCUCCCUCAUCGUUUCAAUGGCUCCCUCAUCAGCUCAUUUCUUGUUUGCUGCCUUGGCUCUCCUUUCUGUGGGGUUCGUGAGCUCCAACAUAGACCAAGACAGGGCGGAGUGUGCGGACCAGGUGGUUGGCCUCGCUACUUGCUUGCCAUAUGUGGGCGGUGAGGCUAAGGCACCCACCCCUGACUGCUGUAGUGGGCUUAAGCUUGUGCUUGAUAAGAGUAGGAAAUGUCUUUGUGUGUUGAUUAAGGACCGUGAUGACCCUAGCCUUGGACUCAAAGUUAACCUUUCCCUUGCCCUUGGUCUUCCUUCUGCUUGUCACGCCCCUGCCAACAUCAAAGAUUGCGUCGGGCUUCUCCAUCUCUCGCCAAACUCCCCAGAGGCUAAGGAUUUUUUGGGUUCGCCCAACUCCAAGGAAACUAACACUUCUACGCCAGCACAUGCUACUCCGGUUAGUGGGAGUUCUUCACAAAACUCAGAAGUGAAGAAUGAUGGAACGAAGAGGAAUCAGUGGUUGGGUGUGGAGAUGUUCAUUUGGUUCAUUACUUCAUCGUUUCUAUUCACUUGCAUUUGGUAAAUUAAAAAAAAAAAACAGAAAAAAAAAAAGAGAAAAUAAAAUGUUCCAUUAGUUAAUUAUUAUAAAAUUAUUUCAUAUAUGUUUGCUUAGCUAUAAUUAAUUUUAUGAUAAUUAUCUUGAGUGAGAUCAUGAUAUAAACUCUUUCAAAUUUGUUUCAUAA